UUCUGCAGUGAAAAAAGAGGAAAAGUAUGUUAGUUUAAGACAUUAGAGAAAGGAAAAGUGGUGAAACAUGAAAGGAAAAAAGAUAAAGACAAGUGGUGGGCUUUGAAUAGAUUCCAGAGAGAUUGUUCAACACUCUUUAGUUCUAGAGACCCUACUGACUUCAACUAAGACAAGCAUAUAUGUUGUCUUGCCACUUAUACAAAGGCAAACACGCUCACUCAUCUCUGCAACAACUGUCUGAAAGCCUUGACAUUGUCGGUAGAACCGAACAGAGUAUAGGUUUCUGGUUAAAAACAUGGCCAUGAGAUUAGCUGGGAAUGACGGGUUUUGGAGCAGCUUGUCUGUUCUGAAUGAAGAUACCCUAAUGCAGAGUCUUCUCCUUGGUCAUGUUCCUGAUGGCCGCUGGCUUGAUUCUGAAAUGAUGCUUCAGGAAGUCGAAAACAUCAUGCACAUUGCUUUGGAGAAUGAAGUUUCUAGCCCACCUAUGAGUUCUGAGACCUGGAACUGUAUCAGCGGCAUUGAAGUGGUUGAAUCAGUGGAGACACUGCCUUGUACAAUCUCCAGAGUCUCCCUUCAGAUGCUUUGUCAAUGCACAGGGGAAAGGGAUAUUCAGACAAGAACAAUGGCCGUGUUUGAUCUUCUGCGAAAUUAUCGAUGGGAUGUGAAAGUUGUGAUAGUACUAGGAGCUCUGGCUGAGACAUAUGGAAGACUCUGUCUACCAAAACACCUUAGCUCCUCUGAUCCUGUGGCAGCAUCGGUUGCAAUCCUCAACUGGUUGCCUUUCAAUACAAGCAAGUUCAGCACUUGGCUUAAAUCUCUGAGCUUGCUGGUUAGGGCUAUGGUAGAUGUGACUAAAUGCAUCAUUGGGUUUGAAAGACUGCCAGUGAAACAGGCAAAUCCAGACAACAACGUUGUGGGAGAAACCGCAUCUCAAGUCUAUUUAGCUGCUUACUGGGUUGUCAGAAGUGCAAUCACAUGCUUGAUGCAGAUCGCCUAUUUCAAGCAAUCCCAGCAAGCAUCAGAUUCGAGGAUAGCAAUGAGGGAAUUAUCAAGUUUAGGAUAUCGGUUGACCAGCAUGCAGAUCAGUCUCAAGGAGCAGGUAGAAGAAUGCUAUGAACAAAUAGAGGAAGAAAUCUAUUGGAAACUUCACAACAUUUUCACAGAGAAUAGUGAAGAUAACCAAGCGGUACUUCAACUGCUGUUUUCACUGCAGGAUGACUUCCCACUUCAAGAUUUCUCCAGACAGAUAGCUAUAACUGAGCUGAAAGAUAAGGUCAUAUUGCUGCUACUAUCAAAGCCAGAGCUCCUACCUCUAGAGCAACUUCUCUUCCUACUUCAACAAACAUAUGACCAUCGGUCCAAGGUUGAGAGCAACAGAAACUACGACAUUAUAUGGAUUCCAAUUCCAUCAUCCACAAGAUGGACAGAUGAAGAGAAGGGAAUCUUCAAGUUCAUCUCCAACUCCCUCCCGUGGUGCUCAGUCAGGCGGCCAUGGCUGAUGAGCUCCACGGUGGUGAAGUUUAUGAGAACAGAAUGGAAUUACAGAGACGGUGAGACAAUGAUGGUGGUGCUGGAUUCUAAUGGAAGGAUUGUAAACAUGAAUGCCAUGGAUAUGGUGCUUAUAUGGGGUGUUAGGGCAUACCCAUUUUCAAUUUCCAGAGAAAACGAGCUCUGGGAAGAAGAUGGAUGGUCCAUGCAGCUCCUGCUUGAUAACAUUCAUCCUGCGUUUGAAACAUGGAUCGAAGAAGGGAGAGAAAUCUGCAUCUACGGAAGCGACGAUUCGGACUGGGUUGACGAAUUCAAAUCACAAGCACUAAAAAUUCAAAGUCUAGGGUUCCAGUUCGAGACGAUCUACCUCGGUAGACGCAGUCGGGACGAAUACACAAAACUCAAUUCCUUGACCAUGAAUGGCAACUCAAUCGUAAUCUGCUCUACAAUAUUCUAUCCUCGGCUUGAAAGCAUCAGACGAUCCAAGCUCCGGCGAGGCAAGUCGCCGGAAUCCGAUCGCGUCCUCGCAGAAGUCUCCGAACUCCUUGACUUCGAUUACGACGAACACAAGGGUUGGACCGUCAUUGGAAAAGGACGGGCUGCGGCGGCGGACAUUGUCCGGCUGACGGGAAGGAAUGCGACGGAGUGUCUCCGGAGAAUUCGGCGGUGGGGAGAGAAUGCGGCGGAUCUGGGUUUCUCCGGAGCGCUGAAAAUCGCCAGCGAAGUGAAUGAGAAGCCAUGUGAGGAGACUAGCUCGGUCGAGGUGCCCUCGGAAGCAGCGGCGACGACGAGGAGGGUUGUCACGUGCGAGAAAUGCAAGCGACCAAUGCAGAAGUUUGUCGUUUACCAAUAAGUCACAGCCUUGUUGCUUUAACAUAAACGGCCACAAUAGUAUGUUUUUUUCUUGGUUUAUGUAAUAAUUCUAACAAUAUAUUA